CCUUCUCUUUUUUGUGGUUUGGGAUUUGUGGAAUGGGAAGUGUGGCGCUCAGAGACAGGAUGUGGGGAGUCACUGCUGGAUCAACCCCUCACUCAUUCCGACACACACACACACACACAGACACACGGAGCUGGAGUCCUGCUAAAGGUUUUAUCUCAUCUAAAGUGAAAGAAAGGCGUUGAUCGCGUUUCACCUCCCYAAAGUCCCCACCUGUCGGUCUCUGGGGAUUCCAAAAAACAUCUUUAGGUGAGAGUAAAUAAAGCACAGGUAAGUCUGCAAGCUUUGRUCUACAGCUUUGGAUCACAUCAACACUAAUAAAACACUGUUGCUCCAAUACUUAUGUUUCUUUAGUCCUAGGAUGUGUUAUUCAGCAUAGAAGUGCUCUUUUUCAGAGUUAAAUCCUCAGAGGGAGUGUGUUUCUUUUGUUCUGUGCAGACAUCUGGGGGGUGGUUGUUAAUUACAGUGCUUUUGCCUGCCUCAACAUGUCUCAACAGGCUACAUGUUGCUUCUUUUCRAUGCAGAUUCAGAUGAUGCUCCACCUAUGGACCCUCAUGUCUGCUUCACUGCUGUACUUGUCAGUGGCRGAAAACCUGAACAACCAUAAGGACGAUGACAAUGAAGUCCUGAAGCACACCAUAAACCAGACGAGACAUAUGCUGGUGAUGGAGAAUGACAUCAGAAAUAUUAGUGAAGCAACACCAAGCCACACACCCACCACAUCACCUUCAUUGACUGCCACAGCUUCCUCAAGCACCUCUCUUGCUCCYUGUCCAGGAAAUCAGGUGAUGCAGACAAGUGGUGCAGGAUGUAGCUGUCCAUCUGGAACAGUGAAACAUGGUGACAACUGCACCUGCCCUGUGGGGUUCGCUCUGAACGGAGCAGCCGAGUGUAAAGAUGUUGACGAGUGUGACGUGGAGGAGCAGGGGCCGUGUGGUCUUCAUGCCAGCUGCAUUAAUAUCCCCGGCUCAUACUCGUGUGCCUGCCUCCGUGGCUACCUGAUGGGUUCUGGAGGGUGCCAGGACAUAGAUGAAUGUGCUCUGGCUGCAGUGACCAGUCUGCAGGCCUGUCAGGCUGGGGAGGACUGCAUAAACACCUCUGGCUCCUUUACCUGCUCAUGCCCUGUUGGAUAUGUGAAGGCUUUAACUGGAAAAGGCUGUUUAGAUAAGAUCAAUGUGGAUGAGUGCCGCUUCAAGGAGCAGUGUCGCCGUGAACUGAGGGAAGUGUGUGUGAACACUCCUGGGAGCUUUGUGUGCCAGUGCCAGCUGGGCUUCAGAGCAGAGUCCCCUGCCUGUGUGGAUGUGGAUGAAUGUUCGGAAAGUCCUGAGUUGUGCGAUGGUCAGAGUGUGUGUGAGAACACCCUUGGCAGCUACGAGUGUGUCUGUCGACCCGGUUACCAGGGCAACGGCACACACUGCAAAGACGAGAACGAGUGUGCUUCGGGCAGCCACAGGUGUGACACAAACGCUCGGUGUGGCAACACCGUCGGCUCGUACUUCUGCCAGUGUUACCAGGGCUUUGUCGGAGACGGGCACGCUUGUUUCGACGUCGACGAGUGCCACGUUAACAAUGGUUACUGUGAACACACCUGCACAAACGAGCCAGGAGGGUACAGGUGCCAGUGCGCCUCCGGGUACCAGCUGGACCUGGGUGAACACAACUGCACAGAUGUGGACGAGUGUUCGGUCCUAAAUGGGUCCUGUGAGCACAUUUGCGUCAACACUGUCGGCUCUUACCAGUGCUCCUGCCGGCCGGGCUUCCAGCUGCACAUUGAUGGGCYCACCUGCAUAGGAGGAAACACUUGCCAGUGCCCACCCGCCCUGCUUUUAGGCACAGACGGCAUCAGCUGCAGCAAUGUUACAUCUUGUAAACUGAGAAAUGGCGGCUGCGACCAUGUUUGCACCAUGACUGAGGGCCAAGUCAGGUGUGUCUGUCGAGCCGGCUGGAGGCUGAGUGACGACACCCGGAGCUGCGUAGAUGUGAAUGAGUGUGAAGAUUUCACAAAGGGAGGCUGUGAGCAGCUUUGUGUGAACCAUCCRGGUGGUUUUAAUUGCACCUGCAGGGUGGGCUAUGAAGUCCGGACGGAUGACUUCACUAAGUGUCGACCUGUGUGUGACCCACCGUGUCAGAACUACGGAGUGUGUGUGGCGCCAAACAGCUGUGACUGUCCUCCAGGUUAUCCUGGUGUGGGCUGCUCAGCCAUGUGCUCUCCACCCUGCGCUCAUGGAGGCACCUGCAUGCGUUGGGACAUGUGUUUGUGUCCUUCUGGUUGGACAGGAACAGGUUGCCACACAGCUGUGUGUGAGUUGCCCUGUGCUAACGGUGGUCACUGUGUGGGCCCCAAUUCUUGCCAGUGUUCCUCUGACUACACUGGCCCGCAGUGCCUUAUUCCUCUGUGCACUCCUGCCUGUCAGAACGGAGGACGAUGUGUGGAUGUCAACAAAUGCGUCUGUGUUGGAGGAUGGCAAGGAGCUCGAUGUCAAAUAGAACCUGUCAGGUGUCAGAAGCCUUGUAAGAACGGCGGCGUGUGCGUGGGCCUCAGCAGGUGUCGCUGUUCCACAGGAUACACUGGCAGCCUCUGUGAAACAGUUGUAACCACGCCGUGCGUCCCGCCCUGUCGGCACGGAGCCACAUGCYGCCCACGAAACACCUGCAUCUGUGCAGAGGGCACCGCAGGCCUGCGCUGUGAGAGGCUGACGUGCCCUGUGGUCACCACUGUGAUCAGUACAGCUCGGGGGGUGAGGAAAGCCUUCAGGGAGAGUUAUGUUGAUCGCUGCGGACCCUUAGGGGUUCAGCUUUGUACAAAAUACAGGAUGAAUCAGGCACGCGUUUACCUGCAGGCCUACAGGGUCGGCUACAAAAUCCAGUGUCCUGGGCAGACGGGCAGAUAAACYGGGCUGGAUACCUCAAAAAACUGCUUUUCAACUUCACAGAAAACAGUUUAGACCUCAUGUGAAGGCAAAACCACUUGAGCUGAAUCAAGGCGAGCUCGUGCUGUGAAACCAGAUGGAACAGAAUAAAUGUGAGGAUCUGAGGGGACGAACUAAUAUCAGCCACUGGUGUUGCAACAAAAAGAGGCAUGUCUCUAGUGUAAACACAAUUUUUGUUGCUUGUGCUGACAGAACAUUUUUCUAAAUAAAAAUCCUAAAAUAUUUA